CGCACACACGCACGACACCCACGUUCGAGGCGCUAUCACAAUGGCUUCCUCCCUCGCCACUCACCAGUUCGCCGGCGCCGCCGCGCAGUUCAAGGCCGCCGCGGCGCGCAAGAACGGCAAGGUCGCGCGCUCCACCGUGACCAAGGCUGCCGCAGCGGGGUACACCCCGAAGGCGGCCAAGCCGAUGAAGAUCGUCUUCAUCUCCACCGAGGUGGCGCCGUGGUCCAAGACGGGUGGUCUCGGCGACGUCGUCGGCUCGCUCCCCGUCGAGCUCGCCAAGCGCGGCCACAAGGUCAUGACCAUCUCCCCGCGCUACGACCAGUACAAGGGCGCGUGGGACACGUCCGUCAAGGUGGACGCCAUGGGCAAGCAGGUUGGCUUCUUCCACGAGAACAAGAAGGGCGUCGACCGCGUCUUCGUCGACCACCCGCUGUUCCUCGCCAAGGUGUGGGGCAAGACGGGGUCCAAGCUGUACGGGAAAACCAACGGCGCGGAUUUCGCGGAUAACCAGGAGCGUUUCGCGAUGUUCUGCAAGGCUGCGCUCGAGGCGCCGAUGGUGCUUCCCUUUGGCUACGGCGAGGACGUGUGCUUCGUCGCGAACGACUGGCACUCCGGCCUCGUGCCCGUGAUGAUCAACAAGGUGUACCGCCCCCAGGGCAAGUACACGAAUGCGAAGUGCGCGUUCACCGUGCACAACAUCGCGUUCCAAGGCCGCUUCUGGCCGACGCCCAUGUCCGACCUCGGCCUCCCGGAGUCCGCGGCGGCGGACUUCUUCUUCGAGGACGCCCAGGGCAAGAUGUACGACGAGCGCAGCCCGAAGAAGGACGGCGAGAUCGACUCCUCCCCCAAGGGCAAGUUCAAGAAGGACAACUGGAUGAAGGCGGCGUUCAUCAACUCGGACAGGAACAUCACCGUCUCCAUGAACUACGCCAAGGAGAUCUCCGGCUCCGCGUCCAAGGGUGUCGAGCUCAACACGAUCAUCAACGCCACCGGCGGGAUCGAGGGCAUCGUCAACGGCAUGGACCCCACGGAGUGGAACCCGCAGACGGAUAAGUUCCUCGACGUGACGUACGACAAGAACACCGUCGCGAUGGGCAAGGCGGCGGCGAAGCAGGCGCUCCAAGCCGAGGUUGGCCUCCCGCUCGACCCGGCGGCGCCCAUCUUUGGCUACAUCGGCCGCCUCGAGGAGCAGAAGGGCUGCGAUAUCAUGAUGGAGGCGGUCCCGAAGCUUCUCAAGCAGUGCCCGAACGCGCAGGUUAUCAUCCUCGGCACGGGCAAGAAGUCCAUGGAGAAGCAGCUCGAGAAGCUCGACAAGCUCUCGCCCAAGAUGGCGGGCGUCGUGAAAUUCUCCAACCCGAUCGCGCACUACAUCACCGCGGGCGCGGACUUCCUCAUGGUGCCCUCCCGCUUCGAGCCGUGCGGUCUCAUCCAGCUCCACGCGAUGCAGUACGGCACCGUGCCGAUCGUCGCGUCCACGGGCGGCCUCGUCGACACCGUCAAAGAGGGCGUGACUGGGUUCCACAUGGGCGCGAUGGAUCCGGACGCGCUCGUCGCCGACGACGUCGAGGCCAUGGUCGACACGUGCGUCGCGGCGGCGGCGACGUACGGCACGCCGACGUACUCCAAGAUGUCGUCCACGUGCAUCGCGCAGGACCUCUCGUGGAGGAAGCCCGCCGCGAAGUGGGAGGCGGUGCUCGAGGAGAUGAUGUACUCGUCUGGCUACGGGAAGAAGCAGCAGGUGAUCACGCCCAAGGAGGAGCUCGAGUCCCCGAUGUCCGUCGCGCGCUAAUCGGAUUAGCCGUCGAAGGAUGGAAGGAACUACAUCUGAGACAAUUGAGAACUCAGAAGACUCGGUCGCUCUCCGCGUGUUAAAAGAGAACGCGUCACCGGUCACGACGCGCCGUCCGUCGCCGAUGAUGACGUCGUCGCGCCGCGCGGGGCGACGAUCGAUUGAUUUUACUGAUUUUUACCGCACGCACAUAGCCGAAGCCGCAGCGACAGGCGCGGCGGGUGCCUUUUUACAUACCGAGCCCGCGCGCCCUAGUGUUUAGUUGAUUUUCAAAAAGAGAAAACAAAAUCAUUUAC